UACACACAGACACAUGUACACACACAUACAUGUACAUACACACAGACACAUGUACAGAUACACACAUGUACAUACACACAGACAUGUACAUGCAUACACAAACACACACAAAUACACACACACACACACAGCCCUAUAAAAAGUUGCAGUACUUCGUUGCCUUCACUCACAGAACCGAGUACUGCACUCUAGGGGGAGGCAGAGAGCACAGCACACACUCCUUCCUUUGCUUUCACUUUGCUCAACUAUUGAGCAGUCUGACAGCUCCCAGUGCGAGUGACAUAUCCAGCCCUGAGUUCCAA